AUGGCGCUGUCUCUCCACUACCUGAAACGGGUCCUCUACUCGUGUUCGUGCUCCCAGCCGGCCCCGCUCACCGACCUCUACUUCUGCCGCCACUGCAAGGUCGCUCGCUGCCAGGACUGCGUCUCUAUCACAGUGGACACCUACUUCUGUCCGCACUGCUUCGAGACCGUGCCAGUCUCCGAGGCCAAGAACAGGAAGAACCGCUGCAACCACUGCUUCCAGUGCCCGCGCUGCUCCUCCACGCUCACCACGCGCUCCAUAAUCGUCCCGAGCGAGGUGCUAGCCGAGCAAUCGCCCAAGAAAACCGAGUCUCCUUCGUCGAAAUCUCCGUCUCUCGCUCGUUCACCCGGCGGCACCAAAUCCUACUAUCUCUCGUGUACCCACUGCAAAUGGAGUACUCGAGACGUGGGCAUCAAAGACAAGAGAUCUCCAAUCGAUUUCAAGGAUCCUCUGAGCCCUCACCAGGAGAGAGUUUCGCAACUCGUGUCGUUCUACAAGGAGUUUUCUAUGCGAGAUCAGGCUGAGAGGGAGAAAGCGAAAAAAGUCGGGCGUCGCGGAAGAAGCUACGGCGGGUUGUUGGACACCUCGAAGUUUGUGAAGGGGGCAUCUUCAGACAGCCCCAAGCAGCUACGGCGUGCCUCGCUGCAAGGGACUUGGAACAAGUCGGUCGUCAACAAAGUGGCCACGCAAUCCACGGAUUGUCCGGACCAAAUCCCGGACGGAUUUUACUCGGGAGAGCCCGAAUUGAAGAAGAUUGCGACACUCCAACAGCGUCUGUUAGACCCCGCCCACCAGCCGGCGAGAGUCGAGCAGUUCACCCCGCGACCCCUGCACCUUAUCGGGAAGAAGCUCCUCCGAUGCAAAGGCUGCGACCACAUUCUCCUCAAGGCUGAAAUCAACCCAAGCUCGAUCCGUUUCAAAAUCCAGCAAAUCGCUCUGCACACCUUUCCGCAGAUUCGUAUUCUCAAGCCUCCGAGUCUGGUUGCUGGUGCCCCGUGCGAAGUCCUCCUGUCGGUAUCAAACCCAGUCAAUCACGUUGUGAGCAUCUCGUUUCAGCAGCUGGAACCGUCUUUCACGAAGGGGGGAAAGGUUUCACUUGCCCCCGUCUCUCUCCCCAAAGGCAGCUACCAACUGAGCCCCAAUGACGACAUGGGAGACCUUUUGGACGACUCAGAGGAAGAGCUCGAGGGAGAGAAGGAGUUUAUUCACUCUCGGCUGCUCGGAAAACUUGUCCUCAAGUUCAAUGUCGCACCAGAAGAAGGAACGACGGGCGAAGUAAAGUUUGGGUUCGUUUUGAGCUUUGACUACAAGUCGACGAUGGAGCUCGAGAAACAAGAAUCUUCUUGUAUAGUCCCUGCACCAGUAGUGGUUGACUUGGGCAAAUUGACUCAUUCUGAUGACUAGAAUCAGGUUGGAAAUCAGCAUGAAUCAUUUGUUA